AUGACCACCGUUGCCGUGACCACUGCCCUCGCUCCCGCCAUGCCACCAGCGACUCCUAAAGCCCUCGGUCAAGCCCCCAUCGCUCUCGGAAACCCCCCCGAUCACCACGCGACCGUCAAGACCCUAAAGGAAAGCUGUGUCCACCCCUCCGUACCAACCCUUCUCUACAACAACGACUACGAGGACUCUCCAUUCAACGUUAUGUUAGAGCAGGCCUUCCGCAGGUCAAAUGGGUUCGGCAAGGACCUUUUGCGAAUGCUUGGAGAAGUCAUCAAGGGCAAGAUUCAAAAGGAAUUCGACGAACGAAUGGACAAUAAAAGCCAUAUCGAGGUCGGGCCGGUCGAUUACAACGCUUUGAGCAAAUACAUCACAAAUAAAGAAACCACCUACGGCAACUUUUCCAUCCCUCUGGAUCAAUAUGGCGGGCCUGACGGCGGGGAAACCCACGCUGGAGGGUUAAGUAUUGGCGGAUUGGUGGCGUUGGACAAUAAGUCAAGCAGGAUCACCUCGCUGUUCUUCAACAACGGUCAAAUCAACGUCGAAGGUCGCGGGGUUUUUGACGGCCAGGCCUAUACGGGUCAUUGGGGGUACAAGAACUGGGCUCCGUACUUGAAGGUCCUCGAGGGCACCUACCGUCUUGUUUCUAUCCAAGAGAAUCUGUUGAAUUUGAAGGCGCCCAACACCCUGCAUUCCCAGAUCGCCUGUCGAGACGCUGAAUUCAUUGCGGAAAUGGCCCAACAUCAUAGCGCUGGGACACCUGUGUGGAUCCAGGUGAUCAGUGUGUAUGGCCAGAGUAUGGUUAACAGCUACAUUAUCUGA